AGCAGCACUUGGUCGAGCGAUCGAGAUUAAAUCGACGAUCGAAAAGCGAUUAUACUGUCUCCUCGUUCGAGCAAGAAAAAGAAACAUCUCUCAAGGAUGAACGAUGCAUCAUGCGUAUCAUGCGUGAAACGGAACUUUUCGCGUCAUCAGGGGGAAUCGCUGUUUAAAUCCGUUACUGGGUUGCCGGGUGUCGAUUGUCGUAUUUUGCUUCUCGAUCUUGCCAUUGGACUAAACCAAUAAUACUAAUAUGUGCCAUAAAGGAGAAACUUCAGAAUAUAAGUAAAGUUCGAUUAAAGAUGAAAAGAACGGAACCAAAAACUGGAAAUGUGCUGCCCAGGAAUUUAAAAAACUCUGGCACACAGACUGAAGAAAAUUUUGACAGUAUGUUAAAAAUUGCCAACUUGGAGGAGCAAGUGAAAACAUUACAACUUGAGAUUAAUGUUUUAAGAAAAUAUAUGGAAACCAGUAAUAAACCUAAUGAUAUUGAUAAGUACAAGCCUAUUCUUCUCACUGCACAGCCAUCGUCCAAAGUAAACAUUGAAAAAUCUGGCUGUCGCUGUAAAAAAAAUUGCUCUUUACGAAUCUGUAGCUGUGUGAAGAAGAACAACAAAUGCAAUCCGUCAUGUAGAUGUGACGAUACAGUGUGUCAGAAUCAGGUAUUUAAACCAAGACAUCAAUUGUCGCGAACGCCACCAAAGAAUCUUGAAAUAUCAUUUGAAGAACGUCAAUUAUCACGAACACCAGAGAAUCUUGAAAUACCUCUUGAAAACUCAAAACAUCAAUUAUCAUUAAAAAAAAAAACCAAAACAGAGAAACUAAGACGUCAAUCACCACAAACACCACAACCAGAGAUCGAGAACAAAAUUCAAUUACAUUCUGAAUCAAUAAAAGAAGCGACAAAUAUAUCUCCCUAUAAAUUUGAAGAUAUUAAGAUUAAAGAAGAACAAGUUGACUGGCAAGAACAUAUUGCACAAUUAAUUCCUUGCAAAAAAUGCAAGAGAACUUUCCAACCCGAUCGAAUCCAGAAACACCAAGCUUGCUGUAAAAAAAUUUAAAUAUUAAAGAAACAAUCUUUUCUUUCUUAAU